AUGGCGACCGUAGCACCUAGACGCGUCACUCGGCUGACGGCCAGUGGAGCAGCAACGUCUUCAGAAAUAGACGAUGCCACUAAAUCAGCAAAAGCCAGCUAUCAAAUCGUCACCUCACACCACAACUUCCACGAAACGGAAUCGCAAAGACCCAAUUUUGAUCACAACGCCCCCAUCAGAGUCCCCGAUGACAACCACAGCGCCAGCAAUACCCACCAUGAAAUCGAUCCCUAUGCUGAGGAUCGCCCAAUGGUCAACAAUUAUCGACUGCUCGUGUCAGGCAUCGCACCCCGACCCAUCGGCUUCAUCAGCACCGGCUCCAGCGAUGGCAAGACCGAGAAUCUUGCGCCCUUCAGCUACUUUCAAGUGGUGGAUCACGACCCACCCAUGUUCAUUGUCGGGUUUUCAUCCCGCCCUGGCGCAGUCAAAGAUACGUACCGGAACCUGAAAGAGACGGGCGAGUGUGUGAUUAACACCGUUUCCGAGGGGAUGAUUGAGGCAGUGAAUGCGACAUCGAUUGAUGCUCCAUAUGGGGUGUCAGAGUGGGAGGUCUCGGGACUGGGUAAUGCGCCUAGUUCGACUGUCAAAGCAGCAAGGGUUAAAGAGUCGGUUUUCUCUGUCGAGGGAAAGGUUGUCGAUGUUAAAGAGCUCGAGGCGCAUAAGCCGGGCAUGAGUUCUCCUGCGGUGGUUUUGAUCCAGGCAACGAGGUUCUGGGUGCAGAAGGGUGCAGCGGAUGAGGAGUUCAGUCAUAUUGACUUGGAGAAGUUGAGGCCUGUGGCGCAGCUAGGUGGGGUGUCAUAUGGGAGAAUUUCGUCGACGUUUGAGAGGCCUAGAAAGAAGUGGGAUGAUGAGGUUGGGAAGAGUGAGUUGUUGGCUGAGUUGGAGAGGAAUAAGGGCGGUUUGUGAAAGGCUUUUGCCUUUUUAGGGCUAUUGGAUGAAUGUCUUGAAAUAUAUGCACAUCCUUGAGUAGGCAGUACUCAGGAUCAGUCUGAACAAGA